GUAGAGAGGAGCGGGCAGAUCCACACGGCCAGGGAGACGUUGGCGGACGAAGGGAAGCACAGGGCUCCGUUUCAAAGCUCGGAUCACAAACGGAAGAGAUGGUGGCCGCGACCAAAGGACCAGAGACCUGUUGGGUUUUCUUCGCAGUCUUCUGGCUAUCUGGAGAGUUAGCAGGAGCCAAUGGGUUUCUAUCACAGGCAGAAGGUGGUGGCAACAUAUGCUGUGUGGGAGGAACUUCCACGCCAUGUUCCAGUGAAUUGGCUUCCAGAAAGAAAUGCGGUCCUGGGGAAAGCUAUUCUAACCCGCGGUGUGAUGAAUGUCGGCCAGUCCCAGAAUGCAAGAGAGGGGAGGAGCUGCAGUGCUCAGGUACCAUUGACUUUAGCUUCUUCUGCAAAGAGUGUCCCCUCGGAACCUACUCAGAUGGGAAGCUGGGGUGUUGCACUGCCUGGACAGACUGCAGCAGCAACGGAUUGCAAACUGUCCAGAAAGGAAACAGUACCCACAAUGCACAGUGUGGCAUUGUUCUUUCCACUCUGGAGUCAGAUUCCUUGUUCACCAGCAUCCUGGCGAUUCUGACCGCGGCAGGGAUAUUCCUGAUCAUCGUGAUGAUGUUCUGCUUACUCCUCUGCAUGUGGAUACAGAAGAAGGAAAAAGUCCCCGAGAUGGAAGACCCAGAAGCCGUUGAAGCCUUGAACCUGGUGCAGAGUCCACAACAACACGAGGACACCUGCAGUUGCCAGUACCCGGAGGAAGAACAGGGGCCAAAAACGGCGGAAGAAAAGGACUUGAUUCCCUUCUUGGUACACUGAAGGAUACCUGCACCCCUCAGUAUCUCACCUCUUCAUGGCUGAACUGUGGGAUAUUACGGCAGCUUCUGGUCAAAGGGGCCUCGCUUGGGACGGACCGUUCGCAUGUGUCGCUCAACUCUUCCCAUGCGCGAACUUGACCAUUUUGGCUUGCUGUAGAGCUCCUUUGGUAAAAGAUUGCGGACUGGACUCUGAGGAGGGCUCGAGGGACAAAGGACAUCCCUCCAAACGGCAGAAGCAGGGAGCAGCCCAUCCGCCUGCCUGGAACUCUGAAACCGCCACACCUUUGGAAGGGGAGGGCUGGGAUCUAGACAGAGGGUGGCCAACUUUGAUGUCAAGUAGACUGACCCCUUGACACAUGCCAGUGAGGUGGCGUUAGAGAAGGACACAAACAGCAAGGAGUGGGAUUUGGAGAUCUCGAGUAGGAUGGAGCUGAAUGGCUUUUCAGACCUCAAUGUUGGGUAUUCCAAAGAAAGCGAAAGGUUUGCAGCCUCAGCCGGCAACCCAGCCUAAUCCUAACCCCAACCUUAACCCUAACCCUAACCCUCAGCCGGCAACCCACUCUGAGGAACUGAAUCCUCGAGUUAAACAUAGAGUUUGGGGCCAACUCUAGACUUUUGUCCCAAUAUGACAACGUCCCUUCCUCUUUUUUUUGUGUGGCCAAAGUAAUGCUUCACGAGGCUGGUGUGGAGCCCCAUUUUCCCCUCCCCAGUCUGGGAAGCGCCCCCAGGGAACAGGGGUAGUUGCCAGGAAAUAACCUGCUGUCUCAUGAGACCUGAACACCCCUAAACACCGUAACUCCCUUACCCCUCUUUGUCUUGUCUGUGACCAAAGGGUAGGAAGCCUUUUACAAAAGGCAAAGCGGUGAUUAAUCUGACCUAUUUUCCCUAUUGAUGCAUUUCUCUGGAAGCAAACAAAAGGACAGAAAUCCAGCUUCAAAUUUACCCAAAAAAAAGUGAGUAAUUUGGAUUCCCCAGCUGGUUUGCAUACCAAGGAGGGGUGGCUGGCCCCAGGAUGUGUCAACAUGGUUCUCUUAAGGUACUAUUUUGGGUUGCGCUGUCAGGCCGUCAUGGGCAUUUCUCGUUUGCGGUUUACCUCAGGAAAAACUGGCGGGUGUUUCCCUUUCGGGUGUUCCGUAAUGCACCAGGGCAUAUUUGCUUUCACUGCCAAAACACUUCCCCUAAUGAAAGUCUUCUUUUCCUAGAAUUAAUGCAUCGACCCUUCUUUGUGCUUCCUUUUUGUAAACCUUGAUCGAAAGCUCUUUAAUAAAACAACAUAAUUUUGGCAAGGCAAA